AUGCGAUCUUCAUCUAUUUUCACGCCGGUCCUUCUGACUGCGGCAGCAGUGUCCGCCGCAGUCCUGGAGAAGCGCAGCGGGUUCAGCCAGGGUCAGCCGAUCAGCGACGACGGCAAAGGCGCUCGCAUCCUAGGAGGCACCGACAACUACAUUGACGUGCAGAACCCAGACAACCUGGGCCAGCAGAGCACUGACAACGGCGUCGUGCCGAACCUCAAGUGGCGCUUCAGCGACUCCAAGACCCGCAUCCUCAAGGGCGGCUGGGUCCGCGAGCAGGUCGUCACCGACCUCCCGUCGAGUCGGGAUAUUGCGGCGGCGCAGCAGCACCUGACCAAGGGCUCUGUGCGCGAGCUGCACUGGCACCGUGUGGCUGAAUGGGGCUACGUGUAUGCCGGCUCGGUCCUCGUCUCGGCGGUCGAUCAGGACGGCAAGUUCCAGGUCGCCAAGCUCGAGGUCGGCGACGUGUGGUACUUCCCCAAGGGCCAAGGCCACACCGUACAGGGGCUCGAGGACGAUAACGAGUUUCUUCUUGUGUUUGACGACGGCGAUUUUGAUGCGACUGGCACCACCUUCAACGUCGACGACUGGAUCAAGCACACGCCCAAGCACAUCCUGGCCAAGAACUUUGGUCUGAACGCGUCCGUCUUUGACAGCGUCCCUUCGCCAAAUCCGUACAUCCAGCAGGGCAACGUCUCCGACUCGGGUGUCUCCGGCGGCGGCGGCGAGCUCUCGGGCGACGCGUCCUUCGUGUACUAUGCCAAGGACCACGCAUUGCAGGACAUCCCCGGUGGAGGUGGCACCUUAAGGAUCAUCGACACCACGACUUUCCCUGCGUCCAAGACGAUCGCCGCGACUGUGGUCACGCUCGUUCCCGGGGGUCUGAGAGAGCUGCACUGGCAUCCGAACGCCGAAGAGUGGUUGUACUUCCACAAGGGCAAGGCCAGAGCGACAGUCUUCCUCGGGAGCGGGCUGGCAAGGACCUUUGACUUUGCCGCCGGGGACACGGGUGUCUUCCCAUCAAACAGCGGCCACUACAUCGAGAACACCGGUGACUCGGAGCUCGUGUGGAUCGAGAUAUACAAGAGCGACCGCGUCCUGGAUAACCCUUUGACGCAGUGGCUCGCACUUACUCCGGCGGAUUUGGUCGCGCAGAUCCUCAAGAUCCCGCUCGACGUCGCGGAGGGGCUGAAGAAGGACAAGCAGAUUCUGAUCAAGCCUUCUGCUGCGUGAUGAGUGUGAGAACCGCGCUCGGGUGCGGCGCGGCCUGUGCGGCAUGGCUUUCUAAAGACGGCCUUCUCGUCUCGGGUUGUGUCAGGCUGUCGCCUCUGCGGAGCAAUUCGUACCAAUUUAUAAUCUUCUGUGGCUCUGAGAAUAGCAUAAUUGUAGUUACAAUCGUUUGAAGAGGGUAAUCUGGUUACAAUAAAGCCGCUUGACUGUCUAAAAUAGGUAUCAUAAUAUCGCAUUACUCAUAAUACAAAGUCUCAUGCUACCCGCAAGAAGUUUGAGUAGCAGAAUUAUCGAUUACCCAUAUUAUCGUCAGCGGCAAAGCUGUACCCAUCAAAAUCAAGCCCGGCACCCCAGAAGUUGUCGUCAAAUACGAAGCCAAAGUCGCCA